AUUUUUUUAGAGAAAAUAACAAUAAGACAGAGAGAUGAAUGGAGUAUAAUAACUUCUUGACGAUUAAAAGUAAGAAUUCAAGAGCAAAAAUAUGAAUUAAGGAAAACCAUUUGAAUCUUCAAAGAAAAACUAAUCAAAUUAAAAUAGUCCAAUUUUCACCAAAUAUUGUUCUAAUUCUAUUUCUUCAAAAUCUAACAACAAUAAUCUCUCAUAUUUAAAGAAUGACGGCUCUGUUUCGAAAAUGUUGUCUCAAACCAUGGCAUAUUCUGAUAAACCAUUAAAUUAUAGUAAAUUAAACGAAAAGCCAAAUGGUAGUGAAAAUAAAAAAGUUGAAAAAUAGGUAAAAUCACAAUAUUAGCGAUAUAUAAAAAGAAAUGAUGAUAGGAGAUUGAGAGUAUGUAAUGUUUUGAAGGAUUUAUCUAGUAAUACUUCAGAGUUACGUAAUGUUGAGGAUUAAUAUAAAUAUUAUGUUAGAGAAAUAGAAGAUAAAUCAGCCUUGUAUAAGAAUUACAGCUUAAAUUUCCAAAAUAAAGCAAUUGUAGGCAAAAUCUGUAAUGCAUUCUUACAAGUCAGAGGGGAUGGAAACUGCUUUUAUACUGCUUUUGGUUUCUAAUUCCUUUAUCAUUUGCUUUUUUCAUAUUCUGAUGAAGAAUUUGAUUAAUUCAUUAAGAAAAUCUUGGAUUAGUAAAUCAGUUUUGGGAUUAAAUAUGCCAGGAAAUAAAUAGAUGACAAGGAGACUCAAAAAAUUUGUCUGGAGGAAUUUAUUUAUCUAAUAGAAGACCUGAGGUAAGAAAGAUAGGAAGAAAGGUUCGAGAAAUUCAGGCAAAGGUUUGCUAAUUGGAAAAUUAAUGAAAAUGGAGAUGGUUUCUUAUAUUGUUUAUAGACUAUAUUCUUCAGAAAUUUAAGUUAUUUGUAUUUGGAGAAAAGUGACUUCAAAGAUAUUGUAUUAGAUAAAGAAAAUUUAUUAAUUUGGGAGGAAGAGUGUAAUACAAAUGAAGUAAUCAUAAAACUAUUGGCAUAAGAAUUAAAAAUGUAUUAUAUUUUAAAGUUAUAAUUAGACAUACUAAAUUAUUAUUUCUCGAUAAUGAAAUAUCAAUAAUGGAGUACGAGGAAGAGAAUAAAAACACAAUAAUACUGCUUAUCAAACCUGGGCAUUACAAUAUAGGCUGGAAUAUCAAAGAGUAAUGA